GCAACUAUACAACGACUAGCAGAAAGCAAUCACUGCACACCGGCAGCAGCGUUCAGGAGCCUCUGGCAAACCUACUAAAGGGAUUUCCUCAGAAGUUCACCUCCGCCUUAGUAGAGUUUGUUCGGAUCUAGUUUUUUCUUCGUCUUCUUCAUCUUGCCUUUUUGGAAACGAUGAUGUUCACCGCUUUCAACGCGGACUGCGACUCUUCCUCCCGCUGCAGCACCGCUUCCCCAGCCGGCGAUAACCUGGGAUACUACCCGUCACCAGCCGGAUCUUACUCCAGCAUGGGGUCCCCCCAGUCUCAGGAUUUCACUGACCUGACAGCAUCAAGUGCCUCCUUCAUCCCCACCGUCACAGCCAUCUCUACCAGCCCAGAUCUGCAGUGGAUGGUCCAGCCUUUGGUGUCCUCAGUGGCCCCCUCAAACAGAGCUCACCCCUACAGCUCCAGCCCCAGCCCAGCUUACUCUAGGCCAACCAUGAGAUCCUCAGCAUCCAAGGCUCACAGCCUAAACAAGAGGACCAGAGUGGAGCAGAUUUCACCUGAAGAGGAGGAGAAGAGAAGAAUUCGCAGAGAGCGAAACAAGCAGGCUGCAGCAAAAUGCCGCAACAGGAGGCGUGAGCUUACUGACACCCUCCAAGCUGAAACUGAUCAGCUGGAGGACGAGAAGUCGAACCUUCAGAAUGACAUUGCCAACCUUCUGAAGGAGAAGGAGAGGCUGGAGUUCAUCCUGGCCGCCCACCAACCCAUCUGCAAAAUCCCCUCAGAGGCAGACACUACAUUCCCUGUGGCCUCCGUUUCCCCAUCGCACUCUUGCAUCUCGGCAGAGGUGUCCUCUCAGCCCCAGGCCUCCAUCUCACAAGCCUCUGCUGCCAUCGCCCCCAGCCAGUCAAUCUUCUCCACCCCGUCCAACUCCCUCUUCUCCAGCAGCUCGGCCCUCUCCACCACCACAGUGUCCGACAGCACGGUCAAAAUGACCGACCUGGACGCCUCCGCCCUGGAGGAGUCCCUGGACCUGCUGGCCAAGACAGAGAUGGAGACGGCACGGUCGGUGCCAGAGGUUGACCUGUCCAGCUCCCUGUACACCUCUCAGGACUGGGAGCCCCUCUACACCUCCGCCAACGGCACUGACUUUGAGCCUCUGUGCACACCUGUGGUCACCUGCACCCCGGCUUGUACCACCUACACGUCUUCCUUCGUGUUCACCUAUCCCGAGGCCGAGACCUUCCCCACCUGCGGCGUGGCCCACAGGAGAGGGAGCAGCAGCAAUGACCAGUCCUCCGACUCACUCAGCUCCCCAACCCUGCUAGCCCUUUAAAGACUCUUCCAAAACAACAGUACUUCCUAUAAAAGCACAUUUACUUGACAUAUGACAUAGAUGUGCAGAUCACAGGGCUAUGGAAUGGACUUGUACUAGUACCAGAAAACAAACUAUGUAUGAUUUUAUUUGCCUUUAUCUAUACUUGCCUAUUACAACUAUGUAGCAAGUCGAAAGCAUGUUUCAACUAAUAACACCUAGUCGUUUUUUGAGUUUACAAAUAAUAAGUUAAUAUUUGAUUUAAUGGUGCUAGAUAACAAAAGUUGUUGUAGUGUUGCUGUGUGUUCAGAGCAAUAGUUAUCUUGACCCCAGUUUCUCUUCUGGUUGAUGGAAUGUAAGAGUAUAUUGUGAGCUGUUUGUGGUGUUUAAAACUGGUUGUGCUUUGUCUAACCAUGGUCUGAGUGGUCUAUCUUGAGUAUUAUGAAGUUUUCUGUGAAAACAUUAGUGGCUUUUAAUUUAUGAAAUUUCAAUUUAUUUUUUUACAGAAAGAGUAAAAAGCUGAACUUGUUGAAUGUCGUUUGUAAAAAUGUGUAAAUAAAUAAUAGCACUAUUUAAAUUCA